GAUUCGCGCGCGCCGUAUAGCUGCGGUCCAUUCCAGUCUUGGUCGUUCACGUCGCGUGUCAGUUGCUGUUUUCCUCUCCGUCGGUUCGGAUGCAUUUUCCAGCGUCGCCGGAAGUGACCUGCUCCUGGUGAACUUGGUGAAAGGUUGAAGUACCUACUAGGAGUAAGCACGAGAAUUUUAAGUGUUCCUGGAAGCGGUAGUUGGAUAUAUCUCCGAGAUGACGCAGCCUCCCGUCAUCAAUAACUUGAAGGAACUGCUAGAGCCGGCACUGGAACCGGGUACGCAGGUCCUGGGCCACCAAACGACAUUCCUGACCGCCCCGGGGGAUAACUAUGGCAGUACGAUGCUGGCCCUAACUGUGGACGUGAUUAGCGCAACGACCAAAAAGCCAGAACAGCUCCAAUUGGUGGGCAAGAUGAGACCUACGAGCGAGGAGUUCCUGGAGAUAUUCCAAAUCGAUGUGACAUUCGUCAAGGAAGCUGCCGUUUACUCGCAAAUAGUUCCUGCCAUGUUGAGUCUACAGAAAGAGUUGGCCUUCCCAGAGGAAGAACUUAUCGACGUGUUUUGCCGAUGCUACAGUACGAGGAUAUCGCUGGAUCCGAACAACAGCAAGGUGGACGCUGAUGGCGUGAUGCUGUUCGAGAACCUGAAGCCAGCCGGAUAUGUCACGGAGGAUCGCCGCGUUGGGUUUAGUCGUGACUUGGCUGAGUACAUUCUUAAGAAACUUUCAUUAUUCCACGCCAUUCCUAUUGCGCUUCGCUACCUGAAACCUGACGUGUUCAAUACGAGCAUUCUGAAAUUCCUAGUCAAAAUAGACAUCGACGCUGGCCUCAACGAGCAAACCAAAGAACGCAUGAUGGAGGUGGUGCGGGCUGAUUUCGUCAAAGCUGGAAUCCAGGACGAUUUGUCCAAACGGCUGUUGGCACUGAUUGACGAUUGCCGAUACCAACAGGCGAAUCUGAUAUCGGACGACAUAAAUCAGUACUGUUCGAUGCUUCAUAACGAUUUGUGGGUCAAUAACAUGAUGAUAAAGUAUGAUGAAAAUGGGAAGCCAGCUGGUUUGAAGUUUGUUGACUUUCAGCUGAUCCAGAUGGACUCGUUGGUACGCGAUGUGCUUUUCUUUAUUCUAACUAGCGUGUCCGAUACAAAGCUAGAAAACACCAUCGAUAAUUACUUUAAGGUUUACUUCAAUUCGCUACUAAACGACCUGACCAAACUUCGAUGUCCGAAUUUAGACCAAUUCACUUUCGAAAGCUUCCUGGAUGAAAUUAAUCACGUUGCACCGCGGGAGUUUUACCACAUAGUGGCUAUGCUGAGGGUGGUCCUUGCCAAGAAGGAGUCAAUCCCGGAACAGAGCGAACUGGACGCACAGCUGUUUUGUAACGAUGAUCUCGUCGAGGAUGACUAUUUCGGGCGGUUAUCGCUGGUGGUGCAGAUAUACGAGAAAAAGGGAUGGGUUUAAUCUAGUCACUUGUGUGUUGAUGGUUGACGCCACGGUGGAAUACAUGCGUAGCAAGUUAUAGAUGUACAAAUAAAAAGAUAACCAAAGGAUAUUGUAUUGUGCUCAACAAAUCAUAGAAAAUCGAUAAUUGAACAUAA